CCUGCUCCAUUACAGGAGGCACAAGUUCCUUCUUCACCAGCCUCAACUUCAUUUAUCAGCAGGUCUGGGCUGUGUUCUGCUGCUACAGCCAUGGCACCCAAAAAGAACAAGGCGACCAAAAAGAGCAAAGGAGACAUACAUGAAAUUACUAUAUUGGUCAAGGACAGCCCCAUCAACAAGAUCAACGGGCUAAACACUCUGUUGGAAGGAGGAAACGGAUUCAACUGUAUUUCAACUGAAGUCACUGAUACGGUAUAUGCCCCAAACCUGCUGGAGGGUUUGAGCACCAUGAGGCUGGACAGCUUCCUCUGCGAUCUAACAGUCACAACCAAGUCAAAGUCCUUUGAUGUCCACAGGGUUGUCAUGGCCUCCUGUAGCGGGUACAUUCGAAGCAUCUUGAAGAAGGAUUCGUCCCUCCAGAAGAUCGACCUGAACGACCUCUCACCGGUCGGCCUCGCCACAGCGAUUACAUAUGCAUACUCUGGAAAGCUGACCCUGUCGCUGUACAGCAUCGGUAGCACUAUCGCUGCGGCCAUGCUGCUGCAGAUUGGCACCUUAGUGAAGAUGUGCAGUGAUUUCCUCAGGCAGGAGCUCAGCGUGGAGAACUGUAUGUAUGUGACCAAUAUCGCUGAUGCCUAUGACCUCAAAGAAACCAAGGAGUCAGCUCAGAGGUUCAUGCGGGAGAACUUCAUUGAGUUCUCUGAGAUGGAGCAGUUCCUGAAGCUCACCUUUGAGCAGAUCAGCGAUUUCCUCUCAGAUGAUUCUCUGCACCUUCCCUCCGAGGUCACGGCCUUCCAGAUCGCCAUGAAAUGGUUGGACUUUGACGAGAAGAGGUUGAAGUACGCGGCGGAUCUCCUCACUCUAAUCCGCUUUGGCACCAUCUCUGCCCAAGACCUGGUGAAUCAUGUCCAGAGUGCGCCUAGAAUGAUGCAAGACCCCGAGUGCCACCGUCUCCUUGUUGACGCCAUGAAUUACCAUCUGCUGCCAUACCAACAGAACAUCCUCCAGUCACGCAGAACAAAGGUGCGCGGUGGCCUCAAGGUGAUAUUCACAGUUGGUGGACGCCCUGCCCUGACGGAGAAAUCUCUCAGCAAAGAGGUCCUCUACAGAGAUGUAGAUAACGUGUGGAAUAAAUUGACAGAAAUGCCAGCAAAGAGCUUCAAUCAGUGUGUGGCAGUCUUGGAUGGCUUCCUGUAUGUGGCAGGUGGUGAGGAUCAGAACGACGCAAGGAACCAGGCGAAACAUGCUGUCAGCAACUUCUGCAGAUUCGACCCCCGCUUCAACAUUUGGAUUCACUUGAGCAACAUGAUCCAGAAGCGCACACACUUCAGCCUCAACAUCUUCAACGGCCUCCUGUUUGCCAUCGGAGGGCGAAACGGUGAUGGUGUUCAGGCCUCUGUGGAGUGCUAUGUGCCCUCCGCCAACCAUUGGCAGAUGAAAGCUCCCAUGGAGGUGCCCCGCUGCUGUCACGGCAGCUCCCUCAUCGAUGGCAAGAUCCUUGUAUCCGGAGGUUACAUCAACAACGCCUACUCCAGGGCCGUGUGCGCCUAUGACCCCUCCACUGACAGCUGGCACGAGAAGAGCAGUCUGAGCACCCCUCGAGGCUGGCACUGCGCUGCCACCGUGGGAGACCGAGCCUAUGCCAUCGGUGGCAGCCAGUUGGGAGGUCGUGGAGAGAGGGUGGAUGUCCUCGCCGUCGAGUCUUACCACCCUCACAGCGGGCAGUGGAGCUACUGCACGCCUCUUAAGACAGGUGUGAGCACAGCUGGUAUUUCCAUUUUGAACAACAGGGUCUAUCUCCUCGGAGGCUGGAACGAGGGGGAGAAGAAGUACAAGAAAUGCAUUCAGGUUUACAACCCUGACCUCAAUGAAUGGACUGAGGAUGAUGAAUUGCCAGAAGCAACAGUCGGCAUUUCAUGCUGUGUUGUCACCAUACCUGAACAGAAAACACGAGAGUCCAGAGCCAGUUCAGUGUCUUCUGCACCAGUCAGUAUGUAAAAGUUUCGAUCGUAAUAAUAAAGUAGCAUUUCUGUUGAAUAAAUCUUGGUUGUAAACUCUACCAACAGUCCUUUUUAUGGGACUAAGUUGAUGUUCAAGAAAGGUAAUAAAAUGGAAGGAUUUGGGAACAUUUUCUUUUUAGAUUUGUUUUUUUAAACUCCAUUCAUUCGACACAAUUUGAAGCCUUGAAAAGCAUUUUCAGUUAUUAUACUUUCCUACUUAGUAUAAUUGGCAUCAUAAAGGACAUUUAUGAAAGAAAUGGUAAAACCGGACGUCACAAUAACACAUUUUAGAAAUGUUCGACUGAAAUUUACCUCUGGGGCCAAUUCAGUUGAGAUAAUAUCAUUAGCCCUUUUUCUAUAACAAAUAUAAUGUUAUUUAAAACUCAAAAGGUUUAAAGAUGCAAAAUCACUGCUGUUGUUGAGAUUAAUCUGUAACAUCAUUGUCUUUUGUAUCCAGUGUGCAACAUAAUUAUUACCUUGAAGAAUUGUGUGACAGUCCAGUUUAUGUUAACUGUAGCUCGUGUGAUUCUCAGAUACUUGAAUAGAAUGAUGAGCUGGAGCUGGAAAAAGUAUUGACAUCACCUAUGAGUCGGAGUAGUUUGGCCACUCUACAUGUGUUUUAUGUAUGUUGUGUGAUUGUUAAAAACACUAUCAGUGCAAAGGAAUGGAUUCUGUUGGGGAAAUAAUUGAGUGACGAGGAUUGACUGGAUUUAGAUGUGGCAGCAAUACAAUAUUUUGUAAAAAAGAAAAAGAAAAAUGGAAGUUGGGAUUGGGAACGACGAUGUCAGCCUGAGUUUUCCUGGGAUUAUUGGAUUACCUGACUGCUCAUGUCUCUUCAUUUUUUUCUUUGUUUUUGAAUUAAAGAGAUGAAUUGAAGCUU